AUGGAUAAGAAAUUAUUAUCAACACCUUCUGAAAAACUAGCAGCAGAUGCAGCUGAUGAAAUGACUUGUCAAAAUCAUAUGAAUACAUACACUACUUGUUUAUAAAAACAUUCACUUACAAAUAAUUAUAAGGAAUGUGUCAAAUAUAUGGAUUAAUUUCGAUUCUGUCUUUUAAUGGCUGCCAAAGUAUAAAUGGAAUCACAAAAAAAGCUAGAAUGA